GUAAAUAGGCAUGUCCACCGGCAAGUGCGUGUUGUUUUUGACGAUGUUUAUUUUCAUGAUUUAGCCUAGAAUUAUCUAGUCUCUGCUUGCUGUGUAAAGGAUGGUGUCAAUGAAAAACUGAUCUUUGAAAAGAGGUCCAAAUCGCCUGUGUGGUGUAGUGGAUAGAUCGUCCGCCUGGAAAGCUAAAGUAGUGAUCUCCCAGGCCAUCUGUCCCCAUCGUCAUGUCCAGGUCAUCUGAGGAGGUGCUGCUCAUAGUCAACCAUGUACGACAAAAGAAAACUGAUGGAACACUGUAUCUCAUGGGCACCCGCUUGGCAUGGAUGCCAGGGGGCAAGAACUCUUUCACCAUCAGUCACAUGUAUGCCAACAUUAAAACACAGAAAAUUUCACCAGACACCAAAGAUAAGGUGCAGCUGCAGCUGGUGAUGCACGAUGGUGGUGCAAACACAUUCCACUUCAACAACGCUGAGGGACGGGCUGCACAGAUCAGGGAUCGGGACAGCGUCAAGGAGCUGCUGCAGCAACUGCUGCCAAAGUUCAGAAUUAAAAUAAGCAGUGAACUAGAGGAAAAAAACAGAAUGCUGCAGGAAGACCCAGAGUUGUUUCAGCUGUACAAGGACCUUGUGGUCAGUCAGGUGAUCUCUGCCGAGGAGUUCUGGGCUUCACGUGCUCAUAAAUUUACGAACUCCACAAGCAAACCAGAAACUAAGCAAGUUGUUGGGAUUUCUCCAGCGUUCUUGGCAGAUAUCAAGCCUCAAACAGAUGGCUGCAAUGGUCUGAAGUACAACCUCAAUGCUGAUAUCAUCGAGUCUAUCUUCAGGACAUAUCCCAUGGUGAAGAGGAAGCAUGCUGAGUAUGUGCCACACAAGAUGACGGAGAGUGAGUUCUGGACCAGGUUUUUCCAGUCCCACUACUUCCACCGAGAUCGCACACACACCGGCACUAAGGAUCUGUUUUCUGAAUGUGCCAAGAAUGAUGAUGAAGAUAUGAAGGAGGAGAUCAGUCGCAAUGUGUCAGACCCACUGAUUGAUCUGUCCCGGAUUAGAGACACCGCCAUAGAGGAGGGUUAUCGUGGAAUGGUUGAGGACAGCCGGAAGAGCAAUAAUGUCACCAACUUGUCAAUGAUCCGCCGCUUCAACCAUCACUCUACGAUGGUUUUACGGGCGUAUGAAGUGAGUACAAGCAACAGCUCCCUAGAUGAAUCUUCCAAGACAAGCAAUGGGGAGAGCAGUCUUCAGAACGGCAGUUCUGUGGAGGUAGCCACACCUUCUACCAGCAAAGGUCAUUCUGGGGAACCUGACAGUAAGAAGAGAAAAAUCCAGGAGAAACUUGAGUACUCGGACCUUCAGAAUGAUCUGAGGUCGAACCACGUGAACCUGCGACUGGGGAAGAUGGAGCGGUACCUGCACGGCCCCACGCCUGUCAUGGCUGCCAAGUAUACCACCAGUGAGAAUGUCAUGCAGGCUUUACGUGCUGUAGGAGAGGAGAUACAGCACUGGAACCCCCAGCUCACUCAGGUACUCCAAGGAGGCCAGGCUAUGAGCAUACUCAGUGAACUGUCACCAGGGGGAGCUCUCAUGAAGGGAACCAGUCAACAACAGUUACACCAGAUGAUUCCCCGCGAUGUCCAGGAGGAAAUCAAACAACAAUACAGCGCUCUUUGUGAACUCCUGCGACACUUCUGGACAUGUUUCCCUCCAUCGUCAAAGUUUGUCGAGGAGAAGAUAGGAAAAAUGAGGACAACUUUAGAAAAGUUCCAGCUUGCAAAGCUUAACCCUCUGAAGGCCAAACUGGCAUCGUACCAUUACUCUGUGGAUCUGUGCGGGCACAUGGAGGAGAUGCUCCAGGCGGCCUACAACAAGUUUGAUGCUUGGCAGGCUAAGAAGCUCAGUCGCAGAUGAGAGGGACUUCUACCGUGUUUACGGUUUCAUUUGGUGCUAAAGUCAGACAGUGCAAACUGCAUGUGUAAAGACCAGUCCAUGGUCCGAACAGAAUGGACAGUCAAUUAUAUGCAUUGACAGCUCUCAGUGCUUUAAUACACCACUGUGUGCACUGGGUUGUGAACAUGCUCCUCUUGUAUGGGUAAUAUUGAGUAGUGUGAAAGAGAUGAAACUCGGUAGAUAUGAGCAUGAUUGGGAAGAUACCAGUAUUUAUCUGGGACUGUCAGACUGAUGAUGCACAGAAUAUGUGAGAACAUUUGCUGUGAUGACCAGGUGCCUUGGAUAAGUCCGUGGUAUUUUCAAGGCUUGUGUUGCUGGAGGAAGAGCUGUGAGGAGCUGACUGGUUAUGUUUAACAGUCAAGUUUCCCUGAUUUCAUGGGAUGAAAUUGUCGCCAUUAACAUGACACUGCAAGUAGGGGAAAGGAGGAAAAGGUUGAGAAACUGGAUUCCAUGGUUACCAGGUGGAGAUGAAAAAAUUUGCAGGGAGACAUGGCAGAUAUGACAUCUUGCGUGUGCUGGAAUGGGUUCCGGAGGCAUCACAUCAGGAGGGGGAGACUGGCUGCUGAGAGAGAACCAUGGGGUUGGUGGAAGUCACGCUGAAUCCAGUAUUGCCAGUUCCUUCACAAGUGUAACACAAAAUGACUUUGUAAAGGACCGUCUCAAAUGUAUGGGCCACGCAAGUUGAGGUGUACAAGGGCUUUAUAGUGAACACAAGAUAGCAAAGUUGAUUGAAUAUCAUAGCCUGAUGACUGUGUGUAACUCACUGUCACAGUAUAUUGCCUACUGCUGGUACUGUAGAAGAAUGGUUGGAAUGUUGGUCACUUCAACAUCUUCAAAAAAUGAUAAAAGGUCCUAGACCACUUUGUGUGAGUUUAUCAAACCAGUUUCAACUAAAGUUUAGAAUAUAUAUAUAAAAGUAAGGUAUUUCUUGCUGAAAACUACCCAGCAAUAAGUGAUCUGAUGUCACAUUGCUUUGUUGGGAACAAUACAGUAUACUGGUAGUCGCAGUGACCUCACCAAUUGACAACGUGAUGUCAUAUGAGCAAAAGGCUGAUGUCAGGGUCUCAGAGUGUCUUGUACUAAACUGACAACAAGCAGUAUGCAAUGUUAUAUAGAAUUACCAACUUGGUAUUCACUGUCCCCUGUGAAUGAAUGUGGUGAGCAGUCAAGGAGUCUGUUCACAUUAGACAUUUGUUGUGCAGUUCCUUGUGACAUGAGACUGAUUGAUUAAUAGUGUGCUGAUAUUUACAACGUGCACAGAUGGUAGAUAUUCCAGAUUGCCUGUUGUAUAUCCUUUCUAGCUACAAGUAUAUUUGUACGUUUACACUGUAUGCCAGAAGUCUUUGUGUUACAAUGUUUGUGAGUGUCUAUAAGUGAUGGUUUGCGAAUGUGAUAUUUCUUCAUACAUACCACAACACACUAGACAUUGUAGAAGGUUCAUAGUGCUGUAGAGACAUGACUCGUCAAUACUGAACACUGCAGAGGUUGGGAAAACUCUGUUAGUUAUAGACUUAUAUACCUGUUUGGGUUUGUGACCCCCAAAAGCAACAUCUGGUAACGCCAUUGCAUUUUCAGGUCCACAGAAACAGGCAUUGGCCUGAUAUUUGUCGGUACUUGUUUGAUUUUAUAACAGACAAUAACUAUGUCAAACAAAAUAUACUCUUUCUUUAAAAUUGUGUUGUUGGAAAAUACUGGCACUUUGAUUGAGAAGGUAAAAGUCAGAGUUGCUUCCCUUGUUAUCCAAAUGACCUUAACUGAAAGAUGUAAGGUGUUUUAUGAUCAUCUAUACCUUCUUAUUGAAGAUUAAUUAAAUGCCUAUAUGUCUAGGUUAUACGCAGAUGAAACAUUAAGAAUAGCAGUUAUUUCAUACAUGUUAAGGUGAGGAAGUUGCCAUCCCCAUAGUCUUUUUGUACAUGACAUUAAAUGUAUCACUGUCACCAUCAUCUGUGGUUAUUGCCUUGACAGUCAUCUCAUCUCUACCAUAUGCCAACAUAGAAUUACAUUGUGAUUGCCAGCAGCGUUGCUUCCAUCAGAAGGAGGUUUGGAGAAAAGCAUGUUGGAGUAAUUUAUUUUCCAUUUUAGGCAACUCAAAUGCCAAGAUAAAUUAACAGACAUGGAAGUCAGUAUAUGUUUCUGUUGAAUAACAACUGCCGCUUUCAGGCAUAUUGUAAUGGCAGAGACUUUGCCUUUGGUGAUAAUAUUAAUUAUGUGUGUCAUUUUACAAAAGUUAUCUGGAUUGACACAAUUACUGAUUUGGUUAUGAGGCCAUGGCAGAGAAUCAGUGGUCAGGGUAUGAAUGGGAAUUCACUGACCACAAUGGUGGCAAGGUAUGGCAGAUAGUUUUCACCACCAAGGAAGACCUGCUUUUAGGUGUCAUCUGGCGUAUUGUGUUGAGAGGUUAACACCACUGGUACCAGGGUCUGUACUGGAUCAGAUGUGGUCACUUGCUGGAAGGGUAAUAGUGUGUCAUAGUAACCAGCAGAAAAUAUACACAAUUUCCAUUUUUGAUAAUUUAUUAUUCAUUUGCUGAAUUCUAUGCAUAUCUUGCAUUUAUCUUCCAUGAGAAAUGUUUUGGAGGAUAUUAGUGUUUAUAAUAUAUGACACCUCAAUGUUAAUGUUAACAUGGAUGCAGUGCUCCAUCCUGUCUGAGAUUACCCAUGUAGGUUGGGUAUCUCUAACCUCACUUGUAGCCUUGGGCUCCAUCUUUUCCAUUGUCUUUUUCAUAAUCUGCCACUCACAUUCAAUCCGAUUGAUACCUGUUCUCAUAUCAUGGUGCUGACAAAUAGUUCAAAGCUUCUGAUAAACACAUCAAUUUUCUUUUCAUAUUUUAGACCAGUGUUAAAACAGUUAAGUUCUGUGUUUGGCUGACCUUUGCUGACAUGGUAUACUCAACAUUCACUCUUGUCAGUUGUGUGUAAACCUACAUUAAACCUACCUACUGCUAAUACUGCCUAGGACUAGGAGAAACACUUAAGUUUGAAUCAAGGUCAUGUCUUGGUUUCCUGAUGUAUGUCAUUAUGGUUACUCAAUGAGUAUUUUGUUGAUGACUGUAUUUAGCAUGUUCAGUGAUGCUGGGCAUCUUUACUAAAUAUACUGUUAUACAUGACAGGAGUUGCUUUACACCUUGGUAGUGUACCACAAAGAAAAUAACAUUGAUGUAAGAAUGACAGGCCAUUGUUGGUGGAACAAUCACAUCAUUCUCAUAAGAAAGGUUCACAUAUGGUAGAAACUUCAGGUAGAACUAGAAACUUCAGGUAGAACUAGAAACUUCAGGUAGCCUAGUGGUUAGAAACUAAUAGUCAGUCAGAUUGUUUUUAUUUCUCCUGGGGAACAAUGUGCAGUGGCUUUCCUCUGGAGAUGGAUGAGAAUGUUAAAUAUCCUGCACCCACUUGGUGAUAGCAACAAGAUGGAGCCCUGGUCCAAAGGGACAAGAUGGAGCAGUGGUCCAAAGGGCCAUGGUCAGUAGAUCUGUUUGGUUCCAGAUUUACCAGGUUUGGUGGUACUUCCUCACCUGAUUAAUGUUUUCUCUCACAAUAAGCUGACACAAUAAGUUAACCACUGUUCCUCUCUGCUGGCAAUGUCUACAGCAAUGCACAGACAAGAAUCUGUUGAUAGUAUAUCAUGUCCAUGUUGUUUGUUGAAACUUUGUUUACAUUAUCAUCAAUCAUGACAUUAAAAUAUCCUAUACAGUGAA